GUGUGCGGUCUGUGUGUGUGAGUGUGUGUGUGUGUCUCCUCCUCUUUGAGUGACACAGCACUUAGAUAUGCCUAUCAGUAACUUAAACCCCACAAACUCCACCUUCUAAGUGAGGAAGCUGUGGGUUGAUGGAAAUGUAGUGAGCAGAUCGAGACAGACAGUGAAUCAUUAGCAAACUGCAACGCCAGGAUGAACUUGUCUGGAACCUAAAAGGCGAAAACAGGCUGCGAAUCCUCUGCGGCGCUGGGUUUGCUCAAUACAGCCAAAGUGGAUCUAAAAGCCGGUUGAUCCCCAGUCCAAGAUGCUGCUGGUUUCCCAGCGGGUAGAAGCACCACGGAUGGAGCCACAUAUUCCAUUACAGGGAUCCAUUAAAAGAAAACUGGAAGAUGACAGCUCUCCUGCCUCCAGUGGCGUGCCUGAUGUCAUUUUCCCAAAUGACAGUAAAAGACUUUGUCUCGAUGACGUAAACCUUGCCAUGGGCCAGGGUGCCAAUCCCAACGUGGCGUGUCCAGAAAUGCAGAGUUCUCCGUUCUCCACCGGUCACGGCGCUUCUUCCCUGGGAGUCGCGGGGCAUCCGGUGCUCCUGGAAAACAAUCACAUGAAUGGAGGUGGCAUUGGCUCCCCGUUUUCAGUGGCACCCAACACGGAAAUAAAUCAGAAGGGGUCAAUAGCAGGGCAAACCAACAACAUUGUCCACUACGAUGAGAAAGGAAACAGCUUGCAGUCUGUGGACCAAGAGCUGCAAGAUCUGUUGGAAGAGCUGACGAAAAUGCCUGAUCCUUCUCCCAAUGACCUGGAUCUGGAGAAGAUUUUGUGCAGCAAGGCUGAAGAUCCGCUUGGUCUGAGUCAUUCUCAGCCAAGCAUAAGUACCACUCCAAAGUCCUCCCCACAGACUUCACACUUGGAGAACCAUGUUGCUAACAAAGAUUUUUCUCCGGGCUGCAAUCCAACCAGUGGAGGAUCUCCUCAGAUGAGACCAUCGUCUGCUGGAGCCAACUUCCAAGUUCCUCCCUCGAACAAACCUGCUGCAUCGCCCAUCUCUACAGCAGCUCAGAGCAAGAACCAGCCACCACCGAUGCUUCCAGUACCCCUGCCCAACAUGCCCGGCUCCAACUGGCACGCUCAGCAGCUAAAGCAGCUGGCAGCAAGCAAGCAGGUGUCUGGUACUAAGCAACAAGUACAGGCUCCCAGCUGGCCAACUAUGUCUCCUCCUGGUCUCUCUCCGCCUUACAGGACAGGAUCAUCCCCACACCACCAACCUUUCAGUCCUCAAAAUGUCAUGGUGUCUGGCAUGCCUGCUAAUAAUUUACCGGGAAACAACAUUCAGAGUCCUCAGAACACUCUGCUUUCAAGCAUGACUUCCAGCAGCACCCCAUCCAAUGGCCCCUCUCCUCCUUAUGGGUCUGAGAAGCAUUCCAGUCCGGCUCUGAACCAGCAGCCCUUCAGCCCGCAGAGCUCCAUGCUGCCUGCCCUGACAGCAGCCAGCUUACCAGCCAACAACAUUAAAAGUCCACAGAACAACAUGGUUGGCAGCAUGGCCUCCACAAAUACUGGACCUUCUCCACCAUACAGGCCAGAAAAGCUGUCAAGCCCAGCUCUGCAUCAGCAGCCUUUCAGUCCUCAAGGUACAUUAAUCUCUAACAUCACUCCCACCAGCAACCCCACAAGUAUGCAGAACUCGCUUUUUAAAUCAAUGACUACAAACCAGACCAAAAAUAUGAACAUAAUUAUGCAGCAGCCAUCCAGUAGCUUACAGCCAGGUCUGGUGAAUGAGAGCCCUGUUAACCAAGACCAGUUUUCUUUCAAUAACACCAAACCACUGUCUCACUUUGCCUCAGAGUCAGCUACUCAAAAGAUGUCCCCUCUGACAGCAGGACAAGGACAGCAGUCUCUCAUUCACUAUCUCCAGCAGCAGCAGCAGCAGCAGUCUCCAGCCACACAGCAGUCCCAGCAGACCAACAACAGCCAGUUUCUCCAGCAGCAGUUCCGACAGCUGAUGCAGCCACAUCGGGUGCAGAGGCAGAUGCAGCCUGCCACGCUGCCAUCUCAGAGCAGACAGGAUCAAAAUCCUGGAAUUGUUGCCCGACUUCAGGAGCCAGGCUCCAUCCCAAGUGGGGGCUCUGUGCCGGCACCAGCCACGGUCAAUGGGUACACGAUGAGGAACCAUUUACUGACGCAGCAAAUAAUGAAGCGACAGCUGAUGCAGGAAAAGCAGAGACAAAACAUGCUGGGAGUAACAUCUGAGCAGAGGAAUUUGUUUGCAGCUCAGCAGAUAAACCAGUUUCAAGCUGUGCAGCAGCCCCUUCCCACUGACUGCAACCAGGUGAUGCCGGCUCCUCCGCCCAACCACCGCAUGCUGCCUUCGAACCCGGCCAUGCUGCAGAACACCCUGGGCUCUGGCAUGGCCCCAGCCACUGCCAGCCAGAGCAGCGGGACGAUGGUGAUGAUUCCACACAACCCUGGCAAGCAGCAGGGGAUUUUCCCACCUAAUUCUGACUUUAACAUCCCGCUGCGGCCAAGCCAGAACUCACUGGGCAUGAACUCGGGGUGCCAGACAGUGCACAGCCACUCCACUGUGCGGCCGGGAAUGCCGAUGGGAGGCUUCAGUUCUGGUUCCUUAACAAAUCACUCUGCAACACAGCAACUGAGGCAGCCGAGUAUGCCAAGAAUCCCCAAUGUCUACCCCAACUCAUCUGGCCAGAUGUGGACGCCGACUACUGCGCCAAGGAUGCCAAAUCAAAGCCAAAUGGAUACCAGCAUGCAGCAGUUCUCCGGGAACACGCUCUUCUCCAAACAGAGCGUGAGGCCAAGCACGCCGGGUCAGGCGUUCUCCCAGCAGGCCGUGGUGCCGCCGAAUCAGAUCGCUCCCGGCGUGCAGGUCAGGCAGAUGCAGAAACUGAGCAUGGGACAGUCUGGCCAGGGCUUGAGCUCGAUGAGUAAUCAGAACUUGAGACACAAUUUAACCAGGGGACCGUUGCCAGCUAUGAAUGUUAUGAAAUCGGUGCCGCAGGGAGUGUCCAGUUUUAACCACCUCAAUCCCGCCCCAGGCCUCGGCCCACCGAGCUACCCUUCCACUGGGCAGCCGCCCGACGCCUUCAGCAGGAUGAGCGCGGCCGCCGAGCUGCCGCAGUACGACUUUGUGUCCCAGCACAGCAAUUCCAUCCUGCCCACCAACUGCAGCGACACCGACUUCCUCGACUCCCUCAUGAAGAACAGCAGCAGCAGCAACGACGAAGAGUGGUUGAACAAUCUGACAAUGAUAGAUGACAUUUUGGGACAGCACGCUCAAAGCUCUGGACACGUUUAGCUCGGAGAGAAGCAGCCUCGUUGUAAAUAACUCGCAUAUGGCUUCGAACAGAACAGACAACCCAUGAAAACCGCCACCUCGUUCAAUACAGAGUGAACACUCAGCCAAUUCUUUGCCUGCAUCAAAGCUUAAUAUUGGCAGUUUUUCAGAUGACUGUAUAUAUUUGAAUAUUUUGUAAAUUAUGUUUUCCUAAACCUUAAAUGUAGAAGUAUUUAUACUUCUUUGCUGGACUCUUUGUAAAUAAAUCUAUAGCAUAACUUUUGGUUUUAUUAUAGGGAUUUCAUUAUACCUUGUUAUAAAUAUGCAAAUAAUAUUGUUAGUUUCAGUAAUACUGUGUAUUACAGCAUAAAAUACUUAUGUUUUUGACAUAACUUAACACAUGAUCUAGGGGUGUCAUUGCAACCAGACUAAGCAGAAAUCAAAUGUGGCAUCUGUUCUCUCAUAUCAAGAGGAAAGAUUGAAAAGUUGCAUUAAAAAAAAUAAAAUCCCUAAAAGGAGCUGCUGAUUCCCCCAUAGCUCAGUCUUGCAGCCCAGUCCUGGUAUGUAAGUCCCAUCCAGGCCCCCAGUGCAUACAGGGGUCUGUCUGCAGAGAUCCCUUUGCCAGAUCCUGGGCUUGUUCUCAACUUGAUACACUCCAGUAGGUCAAUUCGACCCUGACAACGCGCCAUCGCUGUCCUGCAGUGAGCGUGUGGUUGUGACGUUCCAGCUGCUGACCAGGGUGUGUCCAUGUGCCCGGGGGUUCCAGGACUGGGGGCUCAGCGUGGCGUGGCCCGUGGUGGGUCACACUGAAGAGGAGGCACUGCCCGGCCUCCAGCCGCUGAACCCAUCAGCGAAAAGGUAACUCUGGUUUGUGCACCUCUGCCAUGUAUAUUGGUAGUGUACAGGUGAUUUGUUCCUGGUUUUAAGGCUUUUCAUAAUUUCUGUUUUAAUGUGAGACUUUUUUUCAGGGGAAAAGUCUAUAAACAUUAAUAGUUAAUUUUUGAUGUUUUUCUGUCAGCUACUAUUGUCCUAUAUAUAUUUAAGAGUCUGUUUAUAAAAGAUUCACUGUACUGUAAACUUCUUAAAAUGUUCAUACUUUGUGUAAUCAUAUUUUAAUAGUCACGUCAUACUUCGCAAUACAUUUGUAAUAUAACGUCAGCUUCAAGCACAGAAUGUUUUUUUCUUCAUACCAUAAUAAACUGCCAGGGGAAAAUUGCAUAUCCUUUAUGUGCUCAUUUCUCAGCUACAGCAUUUUGUACCUGCAGAUAUUUGAAUAAUUUGAUUUGUCCAGGAUGCUACAACGUCAUCUAAUAACAUGUACAAAUGUGUAUGUGCUGUUAGUAGAAGCAGUGGGCUAGAUGGAGAGUCGAAGCAGGCUUUAAUUUUAUUUUAAGAUGGGAUUGCUUAGGCCCGCUGUCCUUUUCCAGUGUAAUUAUAGAUGAAUGUGAAAUUAAUCUUUGUUGUUUUUUUGUUGUUUUGUUGGUUUUUUUUACAUAGCACCAUGUUUAUUUCAGUGACAGUUCUCGUGUAUAAACACCAAGGGUGAGGUGGUGAGGAGGGGACCUUGCUCAUUCCGUGAUGCCUGCGAGGGCAGUGGCAGGUAUGGAAUGUCACUCCUUUGACACAGAAAUUGUCUGAUUGGAGAGCUGGUGCCUGUCCUGCGGGAGGCCAGGCUGGGAGGAAGGGUAGGAAGGAACAGGAAAAUUUUAGUAACGUUAAAUAAGUGCACAAAUAGAAUCUGGAACUAUAAUUGCCUCCAUUUAACCGAGCCAGAUGCCGCCCCAGCUUCCUAGAGCUGGUGCAGAAAAUGUGUCAGUGUUGCCCUUUGUCCCAGGGCAUGCUGUGGGCAUGGCAAGGCUGAGGAAAUCUCCUGGGAGGAUUCCAUGCUGGAGGGAGGGGUUUGGCAAGGUCAUUCCGAUCCUGGAAUGGGUCAUUCCAUUCUCCAGAGCUGGAUGGCAGAAAACAGCUCCUGGAGUUAAAAACGAGAGGGGAUGUUCAGGGUUUAAAGCAGUUGGGCCCACACUCUGCUGGUGGUGCUCACAUGGGGAGGAGACCACUCCAAGUAAAACCACCCCAGGCAUGUCAGAUCCUUCUGGCUUCUUGAUGGCACUGGCAGGUCCUCACGGAGCAGCUCUAAGGGGAAUGACCCCAACCAGCUUUGUCUCGAGACUGGCAUGUGCCUGUAUGUGAAACCAAGGCGAGGAGGAAAGAAACCAGUUUUUCCAGCAAAGGAAACCAAACAAUUGCCCAAAACAGGCUGUAGAACUCGGUAAGUGUGUGAAAGAGGCAGAAAUGCCGACUUGCCUCCAGACAGCAGAGAGGGGGAGAAAUACCCGUGAGUGUGUCUGUGGUGAGGACAAAAGUGAGUUUGUUUGGCUGUGAAAACUGGCACCGUUUCAGCAGCUUUUCUGUCACGAGCUGUGUCCUGCCAGGACACAGGGAGUUUCAGGCAGCAGCAGAUCUGACCACAGGUCUGGAUCCAGAGGCGCCUGAGCCCUCCAAGCCAACAGAACAGCAGGCACUGGUGGCAGA